GAGAGAUUGAUUUAGAAAAAGAGACACAAGGCACACUCUUGGAGAGAGCGCGCAAGGCAGGGAAACCUUCCCCUCCUUCUUUUCCAAGGCUGCACUUCUUGGAAGUGAAGCCGGUUUGGGUUGUUUCCCUUCCCCCUCCUCCUUCCUCUUCCUCCACCCCUUUCCCCUCCCCCUCCCCCCAGCUGUCUUUCUAGCAUGAUGCCCUUUUUCAUCCACAUUUGUGUUUCAGGUGUAGAGAGGAGAGAGAGUGAACAGGGAGCGGGGCUUUUGUCUGUUGGUCUCCCUGGACUGAAGAGAGGGAGCAUAGAAACCCAAGACUAUUAAGAUUCUCAAAAUGGUUUACUACCCAGAACUCUUUGUCUGGGUCAGUCAAGAACCAUUUCCAGGCAAGGAAAUGGAGGGAAGGCUUCCUAAGGGAAGACUUCCCGUCCCAAAGGAAGUGAACCGCAAGAAGAUCAAUGAGACCACCGCUGCCUCCCUGACUCCACUGGGCAGCGAUGAACUCCGCUCCCCAAGUAUCAGUUACCUCCACUCUUUUUAAUCGUAACACCUCCAUUUGUAUUACAUAUGGUGUAUGGGUAUUGAUGAGGUCAUGGUAUCAUAUAUGGGAUUUUUUUCUGUGUAAAUCAUCAAGUAUACGAAGAAACUAUGGGACUCUGAGCCUUGCUUUAGAGAAUUUACAGUGGACAAAUAGGUAUCAUCAAACCAGUUUUUAAUCAUUCUGACUCAAGUGAAAAUGCUCAGAAUUUCACACUGUGAAUCCACGUUUACAAUCCCCCUACAGGUGGGCCUUCAGGCCUGGUUCGCUACAACAGUGUCUUCCACAACUCAAACUCCCACUGCUCUCACACAACUGGUCCACUCCUGCCUUUUCACUCACACAGCUCCUGACUGCUUCUUGCAGAGGCUGAGAGUCCCCAUUUUUUUUUCAUUUAGAUGUAACAAGCCUAGUAGUUUAUGUUCAUCAAUUGUCUGUAUAUCUCUAUAUUUUAUCCAUGUACUCUUUUGAUGUAUAGAAGUAGUUUGAAACUCAUUGUUUCCUUGUGGUAAGUGACCGAGAUGCUGCCACAGGACCUGAGACACUGAUGAAUGGUGCUAUUUUGGACUUUCAACAUGCUCCUUGGCGAGGUAGCUCUGAUGGAGUUAUUUUUUAUUUCCAUGUUCUAAGAAGGUGUUGGUACUCUGUUUCCCUGAAUGUUGUUCUCUAGACUGGAUUGACUUGUUUUCCUUGUGUCUUCAGUGUGGCUUUCUUCCUCAGUGUUGUAGGUUGAGCGAAUGCUACCAAGAGUGUGAGAGACUGUCUCGAUGGCUGGCACUCAUGGAUAUGCAGUCAUGGUAGUGGGAGCAAUCACAAAACUGUAAUUUACUUACCAAAUCUCUUCCAAUCCGUAGCCUCGCCUGCCUGACUUACAGAAAGAAAAGCAAUAACUUUACAGGCAUUUUGAGAUGUCUCUUUGGAUUCUUUCUUUUUGACCAGAUAAUUUUUGCGGGGUGGGUGAGGGAUGGGGGUGGGUGGGAGUGGGAUGGGGGGAAAGGUCCACUCUUUAAAUAAAUGCCAUGUAAAAAGAAUCCAAAACACUGGCUUCUGUAGGAAUAUGAAAAUUACACCUUUCCCAAGAAUUAAGUUGAAAAACUGUAUUUACAAAGUAAUAAUAAUGAUGAUGAUAAAAGGCAGAGCAAUGUUUUUGGGCAGUUUUGACAAGCAAGGGUAGAUUUUACAUUUUUGUCCUUGCUCCCAGUGAAAUGAAUAAACAAAAAUAAAAUCAGAUAAUACCAUCUACUCAUGGAAUGUUGUUGUGUUAGCCAGUCUGAAAGCCCACCUUAAUUUUUAUAUAACUUUGUCUUUUAGCUCUUCCUUUGACAGGGCAGGCCUUGUUCUGAACUGUUCCGCUUCUGACUGUUAAACACCGAUGACGCAUGCGCUGCACUUCGUUCUCUUCUUGCGCCCCCAUUGGCCUGAGUUUCUUGUGCUUUACUCCCACCCCCCUCCUUUGUUAGAAUAGGUAUAUCAGCUGUGUAAAUAGAGCAAGAAAACAGUAUUCUGCAUCUGUGGCAUUUAUGUAGAGUUGCAGUUGUGUACUGCUGAAAAUGCAGGCUUUUGUAACAAUGUGAUCUUUACUGAUGCACUCAAAAGUACCCAAUGUAUUUUAGCUAUUUUAGUAGUAUUUGUUCAAUAAAUAUGCAAGCUGUAAA